AGACCCUUUGAAUAGUCCCGUUGCUGGUCAGCUGCCUGCGUGCGCCUCGCUCCCCCCCUCCCCCUCUGCCUCCAACAACAGAGCUCCCCAACAACCAGACUCAGAGAGAGCGCACGUACGUGCCGCUCCUACGUGCGUGCCACCCGCUGAGCUCGGCGCCCAUGAGGAGGCGGCGCUGGGCGCGCGCCGCCGCCCUAUGCCUCGCCAUUGCCGUCCUGCUGCAGCUCGCCGCCGUCCACUGCGCGGGCGCCUCGGCCAGGACGCCGGCCUUCUCCACGCGCGCGCGCGGAAGCGCUGCGCAGAGGUGGCCCUCGACGCCCGUGCACCACGCCGUGCCCAAGCCCAGUCCAAGAGCCGGCGCCCGCGCGGUCGCCUUCGACGCCACCGCCACCUCCGCAGCCGCCCGGUGCAAGAGCAAGGGCAAGACCAGCGCGGCGUGGAAGCGGAAGCCGACCGCCGGCGGCCGCGACGACGCCGCGUGCGACGACGACGACAAGCGGCGCAUCCCGACGGGCCCCAACCCUCUCCACAACAGGUGAUCGCGCGUCCGCCGUAACUAAGUAGCGGCCAAGCGAAGGCCGGGGGCAGAGCUGCAAAUGCAAGAAGCAAGGAGGAGCAGAGCAGACACUCCGGCGCCGGCGGCGAGCUGCUGCGGAACCGGAGCGCCAGUCAGAAUUUCCCGCUCCCGAGCGGGUCCUUCUGCCCGGUGCCCAUCAGCAUCAGCAUCAGCAUCCUCUGUCCAUCAUGGGACAGAUAUCUACUCCUAUUAGUUAGCCAUAGUUAGCAAGCGCUUGAUUUUUGGUUUGACGUCGACGAUCUUGUCCGCUUCUCGCUUGUUUGCGCUCUUGUCCGCGAGUACUUGGGUGUAUAUUCCGCCUAGCCGGUGUCCUUUUGUUCCACCAUCAGAAACAAGAAUUGUUCUCUCGCUCAA